AUGCUGGAAGAGGCCGGCGAGGAAGUGCUGGGCUCGGUGCUGCUGAAGGCCUCGUGCCUGCCUCUCAGCUUCCUGCUGGUGCUGCCCGCCGUCCUGCUGUUGCUGCUGGGCCCGCCGCCGGCUUCGGCCGCCCAUGAGUUCACCGUCUACCGCAUGCAGCAGUAUGAGCUCGGGGGCCAGCCCUACGGCACCCGGAACGCCGUGUUAAACACCGAGGCGCGCACCGUAGAGGCAGAUGUGCUAAGCCGCCGCUGUGUGAUGAUCCGGUUGAUGGACUUCUCCUAUGAACAGUAUCAGAAAGCUCUUCGCCAGUCGGCCGGCGCCGUGGUGAUCAUCCUGCCGCACAACAUGGCAUCGGUGCCUCAGGAUAUCAUCCGGCAAUUCAUGGAGAUUGAGCCAGAGAUGUUGGCCAUGGAGACCAUUGUGCCCGUCUACUUCGCCAAGGAGGACGAUGAGCUGCUCUCCAUCUAUGAGCAGACCCAGGCCGCUUCGGCCUCGCAGGGCACGGCCUCGGCUGCCGAAGUUCUUUUGCACACCGCAACGGCCAAUGGCUUCCAGAUGGUGACCAGCGGAGCUCAGAGUAAAGCCGUCAACGAUUGGCUCAUCACAAGUAUAGAAGGGCGGCUGACAGGCCUGGGAGGAGAAGACCUGCCCACCAUUGUGCUAGUUGCUCAUUACGACUCUUUUGGAGUUGCACCGUGGCUGUCCCACGGGGCUGACUCCAACGGCAGCGGGGUCGCGGUACUCUUAGAACUGGCCAGGUUGUUCUCCCGGCUCUACACGUACAAGAGGACCCACGCUGCGUACAACCUGCUGUUCUUUGCAUCCGGAGGCGGCAAGUUUAACUAUCAGGGGACGAAGAGGUGGCUGGAAGACAACCUGGACCACACAGAUUUCAGCCUGCUGCAAGAUAAUGUGGCAUUUGUCCUCUGCCUGGACACGCUGGGUAGAGGCAACAGUCUUCACCUACACGUCUCAAAGCCUCCCAAAGAAGGGACCCUCCAGCACACCUUUCUGAAGGAGCUGGAACAGGUCAUUGCCCACCAUUUCCCAGAGGUGAGGUUCUCCAUGGUGCACAAGAAGAUCAACCUGGCCGAAGACAUGCUGGCCUGGGAGCACGAACGCUUUGCCAUCCGUCGCCUCCCGGCCUUCACAGUUUCUCACCUGGAGAGCCACCGCGACGGCCUGCGCAACAGCAUCAUGGACGUCAGGUCAGCUGCUGGGCCACGGGUGAACCUCCACAUCCUAACCCGGAACACCCGGAUCAUUGUCGAAGCUCUGACAAGGGUGGUCUACAACUUAACAGAGAAGGGCGUGCCUGCUGACCUCCAAAUCUUCACUGAACAUAUGCAGAUUCAGCAGGAGCAAAUGGAGUCGGUGAUGGACUGGCUGAGCAGUCAACCGAGGGCUGCCCAGCUGGUGGACAAAGACAGCACCUUCAUCAACACCCUGGAGUACUACCUGAGCCGCUACCUGAAAGACGUCAAGCAGCAUUACGUGAAGGCAGACAAGCGGGAUCCUGAAUUUGUUUUCUAUGACCAGCUGAAGCAAGUAAUGAACGCGUAUAGGGUCAAGCCGGCCAUCUUCGACCUGCUCCUGGCUCUCUGCAUAGCAGCCUACCUUGGCGUGGCAUACAUCGCUGUCCAGCAUUUCGGCCUCCUUUACAAGCUGGUCCAAAGGGUCUCUCGGAAAUCCAAACAGCAAUGAAAGCAGAAAAGCCCGGAAAUCUUCUCCUGGUGUCGUUUCUUCCUCCGUUGGAUCCUGCUUCUCCUCUUCUUCCUGCUCCUCCUCCUCUCCUUGCCGGGAGCAGGACGCAAAAGCUCGAGAUGGUAAACCAAUAAAACACAAACAGAA